ACUUCCUCACCUCGGUCAUGGUCGUGCUCGUGCUCCACGCUCCACGCUCCAGGUUGCUUCGCCUCAUUGUCUGUUUGCAUCAUAAUUUCGCCGUUUUAAACGUGCAUCGGCGCCGAGGCUGCCGUUUCCGAUGCGCCCGACCUAGACACCGGAGUCUCCGGAACGGCCGGGAACACGUGCCCUGACUGCUGACCCCGCGUUACCCAACCUGACGACCCUGACUCUGACCCUGACCCUGACCUCCCACCCUCCUCAUUCCCUUCCACAUUCCCUUCCUCAUUCCCUUCCCUCCUUUCCCUGAGACAAUGGCCGCACAGGUCAAAGUAGAGGCUGUAGAGCCAUGUUCCCUCCCGCCACCCAGCACGGAGGAUGGAACCGGCGAAGACGAACUAUACACCGACGUCGCCCAGUCCGUCAUGCAACCGGCCCUGAGCCCCGUCGCCGCUCGUCUCACCCUCCCCCAGACCCCGGCCGCCGAAAAGGCCGCCGCUAUGGAUACGCUAGCCGGCGAUUCUGGUGGUUCUUAUUUCGAUCCCAGUCCCGCUUUUCCAUCCCCGCCCUCCCCCUGGCGCUCCCGCAUAGACGAGGAGCCUACGCCCGGGGUCAAGAAAAACCAGACCGAACACGUCGUGUCUUACUCUUCCAGACCGAAGCGGUCGGGCUCCAUGGGCGCCGAUGCCCUGAAGAGGAUCUCGAGAGCCCUUCCUUCUCUGCCCAGACCCGCACACCUCUUCAACUCCGUAUCCACACACCUGUUCCCGCCGUCGCCGUCGCCGUCGCCCUCACCCUCACCCUCAGCCUCGCCCCCCGAUAGUGAGACCGACAAGUCCGGCGGCGCCCGGUCUCCCAGAACCACUCGACCUGAUCGCAGCAACUCCUCCCCGGCCGCCGCCGGCACACGGCCUCACCGCAACACCGUGACCUAUCCGAUCGUACUGCCUCCGCUCCAUCAAAGGAACCCGUCCAUCGCAGGGUCGGCCGUUUCCGCCUCGUCCAGGACGCGGUCGCUUCGAAGGAGCACCUCGGAUGACUCGCUCUUAUACCACUCCAUAUCUCGCGUCUCGUCGCUGGGCGACGACAACCAGUUCGACCACGUCACGGCCAUGACCAACUCCCGCAUGAAGGCCAUCAGGGACAGCCUGCCCGAUAGGCCCACCUUCAGGAUCCCCAGCCUACCCAAGCUGUCCCCCCAGCUCAAGAUGUUCCAGGCGUUCGAAGACCCGAGGAUACCGUCCAUCCCGGAGGCGCCCGCCGCGCCGUCCUCGUCGCCCUCGUCGCCCUCGUCGCCCAACGCUCCCGCUUCCGCUCCCGCUUCCGCUUCCGCUUCGGGCUCCGCCCUGGACGGCAUGACCCCGCUCGACCGGGUCCUCGAGACCCUGACAGGCGAUCUGGUGAUUCUGGGCGGUUAUCGCGGCUCCAUCCUGCGUUCGGCGGAGCCUCCGCACCAGCAGCUCUGGGCCCCCGUCAAGAUCGGCUUCAACCUGAGAAAGGCCGACCUCGCAGUCGGCUUGGACCCGGACGACGAGGAGACGAUGGAGAAACGCAUCGUCGCCUCGGGCAUGCUGCAGAACAUCGGGCCCAUCGACAUCUCCAGGAAACUGUUCAAGAAGGUCCGGUCCUGCGAGAACGUCCGGAAAGGCAGGUUGCGCGUAUGGGACUACGGCUACGACUGGCGCCUCAGCCCCCACCGCCUCUCGCGCAAGCUGAUCGAAUUCCUCGCGGGGCUCCCGUCGAAUCAGCAGCCCGGCGGCGGCGGCGCGCUGGUCAUCGCCCACAGUCUGGGCGGCAUGAUCACGCGCCACGCCGUCAACCAGCGGCCCGACCUAUUCUCGGGCGUCAUGUACGCCGGCACGCCGCAGCGCUGCAUCAACGUGCUGGGCCCCGUGCGGAACGGGGACGCCGUGCUGCUCAACGAGAAGAUCCUCACGGCGCAGGUCAACUUCUCGCUACGGACCACCUUCGCCUUCCUCCCCGAGGACGGCUUCUGCUUUAUCGACAAGCAGACCAAGGAGGAAUACCCCAUCGACUUCUUCGGUGUCGACGAUUGGAUCAAGCAUCGCCUGUCGCCUUGCAUUGAGCCGACUCUACCGCCCUGUCAACCCCGCCCCACCGGGGGCUUCGGCUCCAUCCUUCGCGCCCGCGGCGGUGCGGCAGGCGAGAAACGACAGAGCCAGAUCUUUUCGACCUCCCGCGGGGGGUUAGCUCGGAAAGCCGAACAGGCCCGCGAAGAAAACUUGAAUCCCCAAAUAGACUCUAGUAGCAGCGACCGGUCCGGCGGACCCCUCCUCGAGUUCUCCCGCUCCUUCUCUUCGUCGUCGUCGUCGACGCCGUCCUCCUCCUCCUCCUCCUCCUCCUCCUCCUCCGCCUUACCGCUUACCCCGGCGCAGCGCGCACGAAACAUCGCCUACCUCGAGCGCACACUCGCGGAGAUCAAGCAGUUCCGGGCCGAGCUGGCGCAUAAGCCGUCCCUCUCGGCCGCCAACGCGUACCCGCCCACGGCCAUCAUCUACGGCAAGGACACGCCGACGGUGUACGCGGUCAAGGUGGCCGGGCGGGAGGCGAUCAAGUGCGCGGACGCCUACGACGACUUGGUCUUUCGGCCGGGAGACGGCGUCGUGCUCGCGCGCGAGGCGCAGCUCCCCGAGGGGUAUGAGCUCGUGAGGGGCGGGAAGGUGAGCACGGAACGCGGACACCUUACCAUGCUUGGGGACAUGGCGGCGGUGGGUAAGGCGCUGGAGGCCAUCGUGAGAGGACGCCGGAAGGGUAUCGGGUUGGGUAGGCCGAAGGAAAUGCAUGCGGGUCGUAUCGGGCUGGAUGUGGGGAUGUAGAAGGCGGGCCUCGGCGAAGGCUUUUGGAUAACCGGCGGUCUCUGGUCCACUCACCGAGGUUCACCGAACACCGACCGUCCCGGGCAAAUGUCGUAACUCACCUCAGAGCUCGUCGGAAUCGGGGCUUUUAUCUUCAGUAAACAAGCGGUAAUUAACCAAUCGCAUAGGAAUUGACAUGUACG